AUGUUUGAUAAUAUCUCGGAAAAUGAAUUGUUCGUCUGUUCACUUUGUGCAUCAAUGUGUACGAAUCAGAAGAAACAUCAAUUAGUAUCAACGAAAUGUGGACAUUUAUUCGGCAAGAAUUGCAUACGAAAACGAUUGAAAGAAACAGGACAAUGUCCUGUGUGUUUGAAGCAGUUUGAAACUCGUCGGGAUAAACAGUUACGACCGAUGUGUUUGUCAAGUGUUGUAACGAUAUUUCCGUUUGAAAUAGCUCGGAUGAGACAUGAACGAAAACAAUUACGAAUUCGAUUGCAUGAAAUGAAAAGUAAACUUGAACAAGUGAAAACAAAAUUGAAUAUGAAGAGAAGUCAAUUACAAACGAUAAAUAAGAAAUUAUUGAAAAACUCUCAACGAAAAAAUGCAUUGAUUUGCAAAUAA